AUGAGCAGGAAGCCAGCUCUGAAGGGCCUCACGAGUAGCUCUACAGGAACUGGUCGCCAUAUCACCGACUUUUUCAGUAAACCAACGCUCGCACCACCACAAUCGAGCAGCACUGCGACAUUGCCUAUACCCUCCCUUCCAGGCUCAAGUAGCAAUGCCAAUAUGGAUCAAGAAGCUGCUAUAUUCAAGACAUUAAAGAAGGUCUUCAAACUGAAAGAGUUUCGGGGAGCCCAGCUCAAUAUUGUCAAGGCUACGUUGGCUAAACGAGAUGUCUUUGUUCUCAUGGCCACUGGAGGUGGUAAAUCCCUCACAUUUCAACUGCCUGCUAUGUUGGACACGGGAGUCACGCUAGUAGUGUCGCCACUGAUAUCGCUGAUUCAAAAUCAAGUGAAUGCUUUGAAAGCCAUUGGUGUCGCGUGCUCGGCUCUGAACUCCUCGCUCAAGGAAUCAGAAAGGAAGGCAGUGUAUUCUGAUCUGUCUAUGCAGAAACCACGUGUCAAGCUCCUAUACGUCACUCCCGAGCUGAUGGCCACUGAUGGAUUCAGAGCAACGGUGAUGAAACUCUACAAGGCUGGCAACCUGGCUAGAUUAGUCGUCGAUGAGGCUCAUUGUAUCAGCCAAUGGGGACACGACUUUAGAUCUCAGUAUCGUAGAUUAAAUUAUUUCAAAGAUACUUUUCCGACCUUGCCUGUUAUGGCAUUGACUGCAUCAGCAACCGAUGAAGUCCAAAAGGAUAUCAUACAGCAGUUGCAUCUCAAAGACCCCUACAUGGUCAAAUCGACCUUCAAUCGACCCAACCUCCAUUACGAAGUCCGUUUCAAGCCAGUCAACAAUGAUCCUUUCGAUGACAUUCUCCAAAUGUUGCAGCAGCAAUAUAAUUGGCGAGAGGAUCGUUUGAAAAAGACAGGACUUGAUGAGAGGCCUAGUGCUCUCUGUGGUAUAAUAUACUGUGCUACCAGAAAAGGUUGUGAACAGCUAGCUGAACGACUGUCAGAGAAGAAUGUCAAUGCCAAGGCAUAUCACGGUGGGAUGGCAGCCAAAUCUCGUACCCAAAUUCUCCAAGAUUGGAUUAAUACAACAGCCAGGGUUGAUCAGAAAGGAGACAAGGUCGAUAUUGUAUGUGCCACUAUCUCAUUUGGUAUGGGUAUUGAUCGGCCUGAUGUUCGAUUCGUCAUACAUCAUGAUAUGCCAAAGAGUUUGGAAGGCUAUUACCAAGAGUCUGGUCGAGCUGGUCGAGAUGGUGAAUUGUCUCGCUGUAUAGUCUAUUACUCUCGCGAAGACCGAGACAAGGCCUUGUUCUUACUGCAGGCUGGAAAAUAUGGCGACUCUGGCUAUGGUGAUUCUGGAAAUGGAAGUGAAGACAAAGUAGAUGGAAUCCAAAGUUUGCACUCCUUCAAUCAAAUGGCUGCGUUUUGUGAAGAUGUUGCUCAGUGUCGGCAUGCCUUUAUCUACUUUGGUGAAGAAGUCCCCUCAACGGCAGAAGGAAUUGAAAAGUUAUGUGGCAACCAGUGUGAUGUUUGCAAGGAUCCCGUCAAGGUGCAAAAGGCGUUCAAACAAGCAUAUCCAGUCGAUGAUGAUGAGAAAAGGCCAUACAAGAGGGAUCUUGAUGAAGGCGUGUUUCGCAUGGUUGAUGGAUCACUGGCUCGUAAACGCCCAGGUCCUGAUGAUGACGGAGGUUCUGGAUAUGGCCGUUACAAUAAUGGGAAGCAUCCCAGGACUCGAGCAGAGGAUGUGGAAGACUUUGACGACAUAGAUCCCGACGAUCGUCCAUCCGCAGGUGGCUUCUCGUCUAGCAAUACUACUAUGAGUGGUUUUGUUAGUGCCAGGAGUCUCAAACCUCAGACCACGAUGGAAAUAAUAGCAGCGAAAAAGUCGAUCUUUGGAAAAGGUCAUCUCGUCACGAAACCAACCACCUUGGGCAAAUCGCAAAAACACCAUCAAAUUAUUGAACAUCCAUCACACGCCGCUAUCAACAUCACCUUGGAACUUCGAGAACGUGCUUAUGAAAAGCUCGUUGAAGCGAUGACAAAGGCCUAUCCCAUAACGAAUGACAAAUUCUGGGAGCCUGUAGGAUCGAAUCUUCGAAUAGCUGUGCUAGAGUCAGCUUCUGCUUCUAUCGAAUCUCGAUGCUAUACCACAUCAAACAACUCCAACAUGUACAAAUCAGCGUAUACGAACAGGUUACUCGCAGCAAACCGUUUGCAACAGGGACAAGAUAGUCCCAAUAACCAGCCUCUGAUACAAGCAGUAGAAGAAGCAAAGAAACGUGUCAUGUCAUAG